AAUAUUCCAGGAUGUUUUAAAUACACAAUUAGCAACUAUUCAACGGCCAUAUAAGGCAAUUUUAGAUUUUCAAUUAAAACUUCCUAAGUAUGCACUCUUGUGAAUUCUCCACCACCACCACUAUAUAUGAUACUCUUGUUAGGUUCAAUGAAAAAUCACCACCUCUAUUACUCAGUAGUAGCAAAAUACAAAAUCUUCUUAAAUAAAAAAAAGACGAGAGACUUGCUCUUUCUUCGUACCGUUUAGCGAACAAAUGGGUCGGAGAAAGAUCAAGAUGGAGAUGGUUCAAGACAUGAACACAAGGCAGGUCACCUUUUCCAAACGGAGGACCGGUUUGUUCAAGAAGGCGAGCGAGUUGGCCACGCUCUGCAAUGCUGAGUUGGGUAUUGUUGUCUUUUCACCAGGAGGCAAGCCUUUCUCCUACGGGAAACCGGAUCUCGAUUCUGUUGUAGAGCGAUUCAUGAGGGACGAUGAUGAGUCAGAUAGUGGUGAUGAAGAAGGAAGAGCGCGAAAUGGACCUAAACUGAAGAAGAUGAGUGAACGUCUUGAUUCGCUCAACCAAGAGAUUGAAGCUGAGAAGAAACGAGGCGAAAAGGAUCAGGAGAAGCUCGAAUCUGCUGGGGAUGAGAGAUUCAAGAAGCCCAUCGAGGCGCUUACCCUCGAUGAACUCAAUGAAUACAAAGAUAAGCUCAAGACAGUCCAUGGUAGGAUCGAAGGUGACGCCUAUCGCGUCCAUGCUUCGUCUUGUCUUUUGUCUCUCUCCGUAAAAAACUAGCGUGACUUGUUGAAGUCGCAUUCUAUUUUUGUAUCAGCCACAGAAGUUACUAGCAUGAAAGAUAUUGUUGGUGUAGAGUUUUCAUCAUCUAUUCUAAUGGGGUGUGACUUUCAAUUUCAUAUCACAUGUGUGUAACCGAGAAAUCGAAAAGUACCUGUUAAU